AUGCACCCAGAUAAAUCCCCGGGGCCGGAUGGAUUUAAUUCGGCGUUCUUUCAGAAUUUCUGGGCUAUUUGUGGGGAUGACAUUUUUUACGCGGCGACGUCGUGGUUGGAAUGUGGGUUUUUUCCUCCUACCAUAAAUGAUACUAAUAUCUGCCUUAUCCCUAAAGGGGUAAAUCCUAUUUCCAUGAAGGAUUUUAGACCCAUCUCGUUGUGUAAUGUGGUUUAUAAAAUUGUUUUGAAAGCUCUUGCUAAUAGACUGAAGGUGCUUCUAGAUAAGUGUGUGUCCGAGGAACAAUCUGCGUUCGUGGAGGGUAGAUCCAUUCUUAAUAAUGCUAUGAUUGCUACAGAAAUUAUACAUACCCUCGAAAAGAAGGACGAAAGGGCAAAUCUUACGGAAGUUAGAUAUCUAAUGAGUUUACUUGACACCUAUGCAGCUGCAGCUGGUGAGGAGAUUAAUUUGACAAAAUCAGAAGUAUUAUUUAGUCAUAACUUAAGCCUGCCGGCGCAAGAGGAUCUUGCAAAUAUUAUGGGAGUUCGGCAUGUGCUGGGAACAGGAAAAUAUUUGGGAUUGUCGUCUAUGAUAGGAAGGAGCAAGAAGGCUAUUUUUUCUUUUAUUAAGAAUCACAUUUGGAAUCGCAUCAAUUCUUGGAAAGGGCGAUCUUUAUCCCGAGCAGGUAAAAAAAUUAUGAUCAAGUCAGUUUUGCAAGCUAUUCCAACUUGCAUCAUGAGCAUCUUCAUUCUUCCGGAUGUGGUUGUUAAUGAGAUUGAAAAAAUGUUAAAUUCAUUUUGGUGGGGUGGAGGUUCUAACAACAAAGGAAUAAGAUGGAAGGCUUGGGAUAAAUUGACUUGUCCGAAAGCUGAUGGAGGCUUGGGUUUUCGGGAUUUUAAGGCGUUUAACUUUGCUAUGGUGGCUAAGCAAGGCUGGUUCCUCAUGACAAAUCCGAAUGUUUUAGUGUCCAGAAUCUUCAAAGCGAGGUAUUUUCUGAGAUCUAGUUUUCUUGAUUCUAAGUUGGGUUAUAAUCCUAGCUUUGUUUGGCGGAGUAUUUGGAAGGUUAGAGAAGUCCUUACUCUUGAAUGUAGAUGGCGGAUUGGUGAUGGUAGAAACAUAAGGGUUAUGAAUGAACCAUGGCUAAGGGGGAGUAGAGAAGGUUGUUUAAUGGGUCCUCAAAAUCAAGUGGUUCGAGAUAUUUUACAAGUUCCAUUGACAAAAGAAGCAGCUGAAGACCGUAUGGUCUAG